UUCUCUAUAGUCUGAAAAAAACAAAAGAUGAUGCAAGAAACGGUGCCGCUGAAAGAAUCGUUGGGAAAGGUUAACAUUUCGCCGUCUCAAGUUGCAUUGAUAGUGGACAACUAUCUCUGCGCCAACAACCUAUCGCACACGCGUGCCACCUUCCGCAUGGAGGCUUCCUCCCUCUUCUCCGGUUCUCCAUUCAACCAGGUAUGCAAGCCUUCGUUAAAUCUUAGGCGUAUACUCGAGGAUUAUAUAUCUCUGAAGCGACAAAACUUAAUCUUGAAUCAAGAAAACUUAAUCUUGAAUCAAGAAAGGGUUGCUAUGAUGCAAGAACAGUUUAGGGUUCAGAAAUUGGUGCAGGACGUGCAAAGUGUCGUCAAUACUUAUCAUACCUUUCAGAGGCUAAUCCCUGUUGCUGAUAAAACCCCUUCAGGCGUGUGUACUGGUAUGGCCUCUGUACAGAACACAAACACAGACAACAAGGUACAGUGGCAGCAGUCUCACAAGAGAAAAAAUAGUGAAGCAAUAGAUGCGCCUACAAUUGCAAAAAAACCUCGUGGUAGACCACCUGGCAAGAAAAAUCAAUUUAAAGGUCUAAACAUGCUCCCAUCAGUAGGGACUCAAUCAUUAAUCGCAAAUUCCACAGUUACACGGUCACAGGUUCCCACCAACUCAUCAAUCAUAGAAACACAUCCUGGAACAGCAACCAAUAAAUCUGUUACAACAUGCAAUAAGGAUGUUGUUACUCAUUCUGAGACUGUUAUGGUCUGUCCUGACGAAGAAAUAACUUAUAAACCCAGCCUUCACAGUUCUCCUAUAAAUUCAGAUACUGAGACAAAAAAGAAGAGUGAAUUAGUAUGCAAUGCCUCUCAUGUACUUUUGGAAGAUUCAAUCCCAAAUGAGUUUUCCAUUCCUCAUAAAGAAACACAGAAGGAGCAGUCAGAUACUGACACAAAAAAGAAGAGUGAAUUAGUCUGCAAUGGCUCUCAUGUACUUUUGGAAAAUUCAAUCUCAAAUGAGUUUUCCAUCCCUCACCAGGAAACACAGGAGGAGCAGAUGGAUCUAUCACACAUUAGUUUUUCUGAUUUAGAUACGGAGUACUGGUCAAACUUCUCAUCAAAAGACAUAGGAAUUUUCGAUGAAGAUUUUUUUUAUCUUUCAGCUGCAACUCAUGUGAAGAGGUUGAUGCAUGAAGUUCCUAUCUUCAAUUCAAUCCAUAUAAUAUUCAUUGGAAAGUAUAAUUUCAUUUCUACACCAUUCACUCCCUGAUUCGAAGCAUAUCUGCACCAUAGCUGUCAGCAUGAGAAUAUACUAGACAUGCAGAAUUCAAAUGUCACUAGACAAAUUGGCAAGCUAACUUUGUCUGAGAUGCGAAUUUGAUAUUGAGGUUCUCCCCAUGGAAAUUGCUCAGAAAAUUGCUUCAGCACAAUUUACUCAGGAGAUCUAUAAUGGAAAACAAAACAUGUGCAACCCAUCUGAUAAAUCUAUUGAUGUGCACCACAAGAAGAGGAAAAGAAUGCAUGAUACAGUUGAGUAUAUUUCAAAUUUGUCUUCUGAGAAACUCUCUGAUUUUCAUGGUUUGUUGUAUAUAGAAAACUUGGCAAAUGCUUAGGAGGAGAAGCAGUGCUUUAUAAUCCUAAUAAUGUACAAGAAGGGAAAAAAAAGGACCCAGAAGAAGAGAAAGAAAUCUCGAAGGGAAAAAGUGGACAUGAUUUAUUUGCACUACAUAAUGUUUUUUUUAUUGUUGGAAGUUCGACUGUAGAUAUGUUAGUAAUCCGGCCUUUGAGUAGAAGAGCUUAUGUUUUUAGAUCUUUCUUACAUGAUGUUUUUUUUUUCUG